UUGAACAUGAAACGAAUGCAACUAUCAUUUCGUCCAUUUUCUUCACUAUGGAAUUCAAAUCGAAUUAAAAAAGGUAGAAGUUGUUCCAAUCAGAAGAAGAAAUGUAACUCUUUCAAUCUACUCCAACUACCAUACCUAGCAUUUCGAAUUGUUAUUCAUCAAUUAAGUAUUUUUUCAGUAUUACAAUUAUCUCAAAUUUCAAGAAGAACUUUGAAGAAAAUACAACAAGUGAAUCGGAAAGUUUAUAAAUUAUUGGUCUACAACCAUGAAUUCACGCCUUAUGGUGGCCAAGAACAUCUUAAGACUUAUUCAGUUCGGCAACUCGUUGUUAUCGAGAACAUAAGUGAUUAUCAAGAAUUUUAUGAUAUGAUGUGGUCACAAACUACUGUAUCCUAUAGAUUCUUGACAACUCCUCCGGUGACAUAUUGGAUCCGAAGCGUAAUAAAAGAUUAUCCCAACAUGAAGCUUAACGGAAUAUCAUAUAUGUCGUAUGAAAACAAAAAGGAGCUCGAACACUAUUUGAAUGUAUUAUAUAACACAUUUUCGAUUGAUCAUCUCGACCUUAUGACGGAUCGCGAGAAGAUUUUUGGAGAUUACAGAAAAGUUUUUAAACAUCCAUUGUUUCGUAAAUGUCAUUAUGUAGAGUUUCACGAGCCUUCCAAGUUUUCAACAAAAGAUUUGGAAAAUCUGCAGAAAAUGUUUGAUUUGCAUAAAUUUUAUGCGCGAUGUGAUCAGAAGAAACAUUUCAAUUUUCAAAAGAUGCUGAAGAUUCCGCGGAUUAGUGUCCACGAAGCUUACAAUAUCAAAAUAGAGGACUUAAUGAACAACAACUGCAAAGAAAUAAUAUUAUGGAAUAACGAUUUACAAAUAUUUGAAAUAACAAAAUUCAUUUGUCAUUGGUUAUCUGGAAAAUUGCCAAGCCUUGAAAGACUUCGACUACAUAUGUUUCACGAUUGGGAAAUUUUUGAGGAUAUCCUGAUUGGCAUUGAUAACAAAAAGAGAGAUGAAAAUCAACCGAAAACAUUAAAAUACGGAGUUUAUUCCCUGGAUUGUUCAAAUGGACGAGAUAUUAUUCGGAAAGAUGGGCAAAUUGCUACUCUUUUUACAAUUGGAUAUGCUCUCGAAUUUGUUGUAAGGGAUUUAACAUUAUAAUAUGCGUUUAUGAUAUCCUCUAGUCUGUACAUUCUGAAAAAAGACCUGAAUGCAUGUAAUAUGUAUCCUAUUAAAGUUUUGAUUAAAGAUUUAAAACUGAU